GUGGUCAUGAGGUGGGCGUGGUCAGGGCUCGGCAGUUCCGGGCUCGGCGGGUCCCGAGGGCGGGGAACGAUGCAGCCGCCGCCGCGUAAGGUGAAGCUCACGCAGGAGGUGCGGGUCCACCUCCUGGAGCAGCUCUCAGGGCUGCAGGGCAAGCAGCAGCGGGACGUGGAGCUGCUGGAGGACAUCAGGUCCUACAGCAAGCAGAGAGCCGCCCUCGACAGGGAGUAUGGGCAGGCGCUGCAGAGGCUGGCAAGCCAGUUCGUGAAGAGGGACUGGCAGCGGGGCCGCAGCGAGGCUGGUGACUCGAGGAGCGCGGUCGCCGUCUGGAAGGGCGUCAUCGAGGGAACCGCACACGCCGGACAGGUCCGUGUCACUGCCUCAGAGAGCUACCGUGCCCUCUCCUCGGAGGCCGCCCGCACCGCCCGUCUCUCCAAGGAAAGGAUGCUCAAGAAGGGCAUUGAGCGGCUGCAGAAGGCGCAGGCGGAGCUGUUGGAGACGGUAAAGGAGCUGGACAAGGCCAAGAAGCAGUUCACCCACCUUCAGCGGAGCAGCGAGGUGGCAAAGGACAAGGCGGCUGAUGUGGAGGCUCGGCUCCGGAAGAGUGACCGAAGGAUAUUUCACACCAAAGCCAGCCUGCAAAAGCUCAGCGCCAAGUUCUCCGCACGCCUGGCCGAGCACUCGAGGCAGCUCGCAGGGGUGCAGAAUGAGUACGUCUUUGCCCUGGUGGCUGCCACCGCCCACCUGGAGCACUACCAGCGCGUAGAGCUGCCUGCUGCCAUCCAGGCACUGGAUGGUGACCUCUACGAGCGGCUGCGGGAGCACUUGUCAGCGGCCAGCAGGACAGAGGUGGAGACGUGUCGUGCCACGCGGGACUGGUUCCAGGGAGUUGCAGAGGCAUCUGUGCGGGUAUGCCGGGAGCAGGACCUCCUCCUCUUCCUGCAGGACCAUCCUGCCUUUGCCCUGGGCCCUGAGCAGCGCUUCCAGCUCACCAGGGUGGAGGAGGUGUCCCUGCUGCCACCAGGGGACGAUGGGGCCAGCCUGGAGAAGGAGGCACGGCGCUGGGCCAUGCGGGUGGCUCGGGACCGCAAAAACAAAGCGCUCAGCAACGAGGUGCUGCAGCGGCUGGAGAGCAGGCGGCAGCAGGUCCCGGAGGCUGAGGUGGCCGCCAUGGAGAGGCAGGUGGAAGAAGCGAAGGAGAACAUUCGGAAGGCAGAGGUCAGCCGGGUGAAGGCAGAGGCCCGGCUGGCGCUGCUGCGGGCAGCAGGGCUGGACGUGGAUGCUUGGCUGGCGGGGGCUAUGGUGGGGACAGGUGAGGAGGCCCCCACGGGGUUGGAUCUGGCCGAGUUCGAUGACUACGAGGACAGUGACGAGCCAGACGAGGACGAUGAGCCCAGCCCAGCUGCUCGCACCUACCCCUACACCUGCCGGGUGAUCUUCGGGUACCAGGGCUGCCAGGCGGACGAGCUGUCCAUCACCCAAGGCGAGGAGCUGGAAGUCAUCGAGGAUGGGGAUGCAGAGGAGUGGGUGAAGGCUCAGAACAAGGCAGGCCAGGUUGGCUAUGUCCCCGAGAAGUACCUGCUGUCCCUGGGUGGCGAGCCGGGGGCUGGGGCCAGCCCCCCAGGCCCCUCAGCGUUGCACCGCCAGCUCUCCAGCAUCAUCGCCGCGGAGCUGGUGCUGGAGCCGGGAGCCUGGUUGGUGCGAGCUCUGUACGACUACGAGGGGCAGAGCCCUGAGGAGCUGAGCUUCCCCGAGGGGGCCAUCAUCCGCGUGCUGCCCCGGGCCCCCGGCGAGGUGGACGAUGGCUUCUGGACGGGUGACUUCAAUGGCCGCAUCGGCGUUUUCCCCUCCCUGGUGGUGGAGGAGCUCACCGGUGGCCGGGAAGCGGCUGGGCAGGAGCUGCCAUCGCCGUCCCCACCACCCUUCUCCCCUCCUGGCCUCGUGCCUGGGGUCAGCCUGGCCCCCAGCCCCUCUCCUGACACACCACUGGGAGGUUGCCGGCAGGAUGGCACGGGCAGCGGGCAGAGCUCUCCAGACCUGGCAGCCACUCGGCUCCGGCCGCUCCGGGCACCCCCUCCACCACCCGUCAGAGCCCCCGAGCCCGACCCUGAGCUGCACUUGAGCUGACCCUGCAGGUCCCCCUGUCUGUCUCCGCGCCCCAAAAAGCUUCACCGCAAGCUGCUGGCCUGGCAGCAGGGACUGGCGCUGCCCCGUGCCCCGAGCUGGUCUCUCUGGGGGCCGCAUCCUGCCUGGUGCUGCUUGCACAGUGCUCCUGCAUCUCCGUACUACACAGAGCAUCCUUUAUUGGGGUGCAUCCUUCAUUGGGGUGCUCAGUGCCACAGCUGGGCACCCUCUCCCCCAGCUCCUGCCUGGCACUGUCCCUGCACCCUGGUUCUCCUGAGGGCUACCCAGGACCGCCCCUGCCCCUCAGCAUCUCCCCCGAGGCGGAGGUGGCCAGGGGGGAGCUGUGCCCCAAUAAAACCAGUUCAC